GGAUUCUUUUUUUUUUUUCAUUUCAAAUAAAAUAAAUGCUUAUGUUACUGAGAUCGAAUUGGAUUACAAUUUCUAAAGAUGAUGUGCAGUCACCAUUUCGGUCGAAACUUAUCCGCAGCAAUCGUCGCGAAACAGAGACAGAGAGCGAUGAUGCUUCACCUUCAGCCUCAUUGGAAUCUGUCACCGGCACCCUCCGUCUCCUACCCGCUCCCUUCGCCCUCAUCAGCUCCAUUCUCCGUCGCUCUUCUCUGGAGACGGAGGAGACCGAAACCAGGAGUCGUCGGAUCUGGUGAGGUGUAUGGUUACGGCACGGUGGACUACGAGCGACGACCCAUCAUCCAAUGGAACGCUCUCUACAAGAAUCUCUCCCUCCAGAAUCCUGACCUUGGCGCCGCCUCCGUUUUGGAUCUCUGGGAAAAACGCGGUCGCAAGCUCACCAAGUGGGAGCUCUGUCGCGUCGUUAAGGAGCUUCGCAAGUACAAGCGUCACUUCCUUGCUCUUCAGGUGUAUGACUGGAUGAGCAACCGAGGCGAAAGAUUCCGAUUGUCUGCCAGCGAUGCCGCGAUUCAGCUCGACCUCAUUGGCAAAGUGCGUGGCAUUUCAUCCGCUGAAGACGUCUUCCUCCGUCUGCCUGACAAUUUUAAGGACAGGAGGGUUUAUGGUGCUCUGCUCAACGCUUACGUCAGGGCUAAGUCCAGAGAGAAAGCCGAAGCCUUGAUCGGACAAAUGCGCGAGAAAGGCUAUGCCAUGCACCCCCUUCCCUUCAAUGUCAUGAUGACUCUCUACAUGAACCUCAGGGAGUAUGAUAAAGUUGAUGCCAUGGUCUCAGAAAUGAAGGAUAAAGGCAUACGCCUCGACAUAUACUCCUAUAACAUCUGGCUCUCCUCCUGUGGAUCCCAAGGAUCCAUUGAGAAAAUGGAACAAGUCUACCAGCAGAUGAAGUCGGAUGUAGCCAUCAAUCCUAACUGGACCACGUUCAGCACCAUGGCCACCAUGUAUAUUAAGAUGGGCGAAACAGAGAAAGCUGAAGAUGCAUUGAGGAAGGUUGAAGCAAGGAUUACAGGUCGGGAUCGAAUACCAUACCAUUACCUCUUGAGUCUGUAUGGAAGCACUGGUAACAAGAAAGAAGUGUACCGGGUGUGGAAUGUUUACAAAUCUGUUUUCCCCAGUAUUCCCAACUUGGGCUACCAUGCCUUGAUCUCGUCUUUGGUUCGAAUCGGAGAUAUUGAAGGAGCUGAGAGAGUAUAUGAGGAAUGGCUUCCGGUCAAGUCAUCUUACGACCCCAGGAUUGCAAAUCUUCUCAUGAGUGCAUAUGUAAAGAAUGACCAGCUAAGUAAAGCUGAGGGCUUUCUCGACCACAUGAUUGAAAUGGGAGGAAAACCGAGUCCAAGUUCGUGGGAGAUUCUCGCUGAAGGGCAUAUCAGAAAAAGGAGGAUUUCUGAGGCUUUGACUUGUCUGAAAGAAGCUUUUGUGGCUGAAGGAUCAAAUAAUUGGAGGCCAAAGGCGUUGACAUUGUCUAGCUUCUUCGAGCUUUGUGAAGAAGAAUCUGAUUUUCCUAGUAAAGAUGCCAUUGUGCAGUUGCUGAGGGAAUCUGGGCAUCUUCAGGAGAAAUCUUAUGAGGCUCUUAUCGGUUUAUCAGCUGUGGAUGAUAUAGUAAAAGGACCAAUCAUGGACGGAGGCGAAACAACAGGGAAUGAAGAGAACAAUGGAAAUCAGAGUGACAGGGAUAAUGAGCUUCUAAAUGAGUUACAAGAUAGUUUGUGAUUACUUGUCUGAAUAUUAUAGGCAAAGGGGUUUUGAAUAUUAACUACCCAAGGUUCUUGGGGAAUCUAUCAAUGAUAAUCAGCCAUGAAGAACUGUGAAAAACUGAGAUAUAUAGUCAGGAGGUUGCAAGGGAAGUGGAAAUUGAGACCAUACUUAAGGAUCACAACUGUGACACACUACCUGUGUUAAUAUUUCUAUUUAUGUUUUGAAUGGAUAUUCUCAUGGAA